AUGUCAAGAACGACCUCAUUCAAAUUAGUCCUUCUAGGAGAAUCGGCAGUAGGAAAAUCCUCAUUGGUAUUGAGAUUUGUUAGAAAUGAAUUCUCAGACUUCAGAGAAUCAACGAUCGCCGCAUUCUUAACUCAGACUGUAUCUUUGGAUGAAAACACUUCAAUCAAGUUUGAAAUUUGGGAUACAGCAGGACAAGAACGAUAUAAAUCUCUAGCCCCUAUUUAUUUCAGAAAUUCCAAUGCCGCUGUGAUAGUGUAUGAUAUAACCCAGGCAUCGUUCGAAAAAGCCAAAUCGUGGGUCCGAGAACUCCAGCGACAGGCAGAUCCAUCGAUAGUCAUCAUGUUAGUAGGGAAUAAGCUGGAUAUGGAAUCGCAGAGGAAAACACCGAGAGAAAUGGGAGAAAGGUUCGCUCAGGAGGAAGGUCUGUUGUUCGCUGAGGCUAGUGCCAAGUCGGGUGAAGGAGUGGAAGAUCUUUUCAUGGAGAUUGCCAAGAAGUUACCCCUCGCACCUACUCCUCAACGAACUUCUCAAUCUGGACCUAGGGGAGUCAAAGUUGCAGGUGAACAAGAAGAGUCUUCAACUCCAUCAGCUUGCACCUGUUAG